AUGCUUGACUUGAAGCCCUCAAGCAUUCUCGUGUUUGUGUUUGUGGCGCUUCUAUUGAAAACAAUCGUCAACGCCAUUGGCAAGGCUAAAAUCGAGAGCUACGUCUGGAAUCUCUACACCAACGUUGCGAGCAAGUCCGAGUUCGUGGAACUAAAACAGAAGAGAGAACAAUUAAUCGAGAUAAACAAACAAAGGAAGUCUAUAAGUGCUCAGGAUGAAUAUGCAAAAUGGACUAAGCUCAAUCGCCAGUUCGACAAGGUUAACAGUGAGGUCGCUGCUUUGACGGAGGCUGUCUCUUCUGAAAAAUUGAAACUUACAAAGGCCAUCGGUGUUGCCAUUUCCCUUUGCACCGCUGCUCCUAUUUGGUUCUCGCGUGUAUGGUAUCGUAAGGCCAUCUUAUUUUAUUUCCCUCAGGGAGUGCUUCCCCACUACCUCGAAUGGGUUCUUGCCUUACCUUUCAUCACCACUGGUGGUGUGGGCUUGACAAUCUGGAUGAUGGCAGUGAAUUGGGUAUUGGAUGGUAUUGCGCAGAUUGUUCUGUUUUACCUUAGCCCACUGGUGCCGAAACCAGUUGCCCAGCCUGAGUCCAACGCAGCUCGUCAAAAAAAGGAGUAA